GGCCCUCUUGUGUGUGAGCUGAUUUUCUCGUCUCUCGAAUUAAUUAAUUUACGCUAGAAGUAAUUAGCUAUAAGCUUACUAUUUAGAUGUUAAUUUCCUAUUUAUAUAAAUAGGUGUCUGUUGUUUUCACCAUUAUUUAGAGUUUUCGCGUAAUUCACGGUGGAGAGAUACAACAAAAUGAUGGAUGGUGGCGUGAUGCACCCACAUGCGGGAGUGGUGCACGGUGGUGUUCCACCAGGUGUGGUUCACAGCAUGCCUGUGCAUGGAGCCGGGCCUGAUGGGGAGCACCCCCAGCAUGGCCCACGUCGCCGCUUUCAGAACCGCCCCAAACCACAGAACAAUCUGGAGCGCCUGCCGUUGGAUGAGGCUGCUAAGAGGGAAAUGGAGUCACUGCCAAUGAAGACUCCAGUGUCUGUGCUUCAAGAACUACUGGCCCGUCGUGGUACCGUGCCUAAGUAUGAGCUGGUGCAGAUCGAAGGCAUGAUACAUGAGCCAACCUUCCGCUACCGUGUCACUGUGGCUGAUCUAGUUGCAAUGGGCACUGGAAGAUCCAAGAAAGAAGCAAAACACUCUGCGGCUAAAGCUCUGCUGGAUAAACUGACAGGGGCUGCACCAGCUAAUGAACCUGCCAACGGAAACAUUCCUGAUGCUGCAACUGUAGUGCCUUCAUUUGAAGAUAAACAGAUGGGCAACCCAGUGGGAUGGCUGCAAGAGCUGUGCAUGUCGCGCUUCUGGCCACCACCAUCUUAUCACGCUGAGAAUGAUGAUAAUGUUACUAGACGUUUGCCGCAUGAGCGUCAAUUUACCAUCAUCUGCACUCUGCUGAAGCGACGUGAGGUGGGCACAGGGAAAUCCAAGAAGCUCGCUAAGCGGCAGGCCGCUUACAAGAUGUGGCAGACGCUCCAGGACAACCCCCUGGAGACUUUCCAAAAUGAGGAGGAGGGCGGUGUGGCGGCCCGUUAUGCCGACCUGAAAGAUAGUAAAAUAUCUACACUCACGACCAGCCAUAGCCACAAAGUGUCGCAGUUUCACAAACAUCUCAAACAAUCCAUCGGCCCUAACCUGGCCAAGUUACAGGUGACGCCACUGAACAACAAGGACUUUAAUUUUGUUCAAUUCCUGCAAGAGAUCGCUUCGGAACAAACAUUUGAGGUGACCUAUGUAGACAUUGAAGAGAAGUCGAUGACCGGUCGCAGCCAAUGUCUGGUUCAGCUGUCUACUUUGCCUGUUGCGGUGUGCUACGGUUCCGGACUCACCAGCAAGGAUGCUCAGUCUUCGGCUGCCCAAAACGCUUUGGAAUACCUGAAGAUUAUGACCAAGAAGUGAAUGACUCAGUAUCUAGCGACAUCGAUUGUUGAUUCCCAGUGUCCAUCUAUGUGGCGAUAGUGAGUAAUUCGCUCAUCAAAUUAUAUGGCCACUUUGAAAAUUUGAACGGAGUAAUUUAUAGUUUCAAUUAAAAAGAAAGGUAGUAUACAGCAGUCAGCAAGUGAGAAGCACAUCUUUUGUUGCGAUAUUUAAAUACUAUCCUUUUCUUUGGUUUUAGAUGAAAGCAUAGACAACACUCCACAUUUACGAUUGAUGUCGCCAGGUUUUGACGCUGCACUUACCUUCAUCACCACUUUCCAUUGAAUAUGGCUUUUAGGCCAAAGUAUAAGUAGCACUUCGGGCUAUGCUGUAUAAUUGGCAUAUUUGCAGUAAUUAAUUUUUAGAUCAUAUCAAGAGAAUCUUCACAUCACACCACUUAAAUGUGGUCCUGCUGGCCUAACAUGCGUACAACGAGAUAUCUCACUCUCGAGCGUAGUUAUAUUGUUGAUAUCGACAAUAUAAUAUCUCUUUUUCCCUAACGUGUGUACGUCUAGAGAUCAAUUUCGCGUUCGUAGACUAGCUUACUUGAUGUCGAUGUACUAUAUGUCGAUGAUGCCAUUUGAGAUAUAUAAUAUUUUUAUUAAAAUAAGGGACAGACAUUGCAAGCAUAUUUCUUCACCUUCCAAACCAUAUACGACAUACAGCUACUCUUCUCAUAAUGUCAAAAUCUUAACAAAACUCGAUAAAAAUGUGCUGUUC